AUAUUUUUGAAUCCAAUCUUGUGGUUAUAUACCACAGAUUCAUUUAACAACAUUAUACCAUCGUAUAGUAUAUAGAUGUGUUAGUUAAUAUUCAGGCAAUAAUAAUGGAAAAAGGGAUAUUGUCAAAAGAUUUAAGUUUCGAGAAAGAGAAAAACGAUCCUCCUUUGUCGGAAUUAUUUGAUAAUGCUUUCGAGCUGUUUAACAGUAUUAAUAAUACCCAGGAACCAAUAAACAGUUCAAAAGUACAGUAUGAUAUAAAACGGGCAAUGCGUAUGUUUGAGGAUGCAACAAGACUGGUAUCUGUAGUAGAUAUGUUUAGCAACAAUGAAACUUUUGAGGAAAUAGCAACAGAAAAUCUCAAAUAUUUUUUGCUACCAGCUCUGUUGGGCAAACUUACCAUGAAGAUAUGUAAUAUUGAUGAUAGAAUGCAUCUUAUUAAAAUAGCAGAAAUCUAUUUUAUAGACUUUCUGAAACGAUUAAAAGUAUAUGGUUUAACUAAUGUUGAGAUACCAGAGAUAAAUCUAACAGAAGAAAAGGAGAUAAAAGAUGUUAAAAAAUCAACGAUGUUGGAAGAUAUGGUAAUUCGUAGAAAUACAAAGCUACAAAGAUAUAAACAGGAAAAAGAUUUGGAAUCUCAUUUGGACACUUUAAAGAAAAAUCUAGACAAUCCAAAUAUUGAUGACGAAAUCAAGAGAGAAUAUUUUAUUACUCUUUUAAGAUUAUAUGCAGUUCAAAUUAUUGAUGAAUUGAAUUUUUUGAAUACAGAAACGAUUUUGGAAAAUAUGAAGGAAAUUGGAUCGAUGUGUACCUCGACUUCUGAAUCACAAAAAACUUCGAAGCAAAAAUCAUCAAUUUCAAAAUUGCAACCUAUUAUUAUUACACGUGAUGAAGUACAAAAGAAAGUCUUUGGAGCAGGCUAUCCAAGUUUACCAGUUUUAACUGUUCAGGAGUUUUACGAACAAAGGGUUAAGGAUGGAGAUUGGCCCGAUCCAUUGCAACAUAAUACAACAAGUUCUCGAUGUCUGCAAGACAUGACAAACAAAGGUACAAAUGAUGAAGAUAACGAAAUCAUUUUGAAAGAGGAAAUGGAAGAAAAAGAUGAUCCCGAAUAUCUCGAACAGGCACGUUCAAUGGAUGAAUAUAAAGACGUGCAUCGUCGCGGAUGGGGUAAUCGUGCUAAUCGUAGUUAAAUAUUUGAGAAUACAUUUAAAAUUAAUAUACAUUAUAUAUUAUUCUAUAUAUUGUCUAUUCUC